CCAAUCCCAUCCUGGCCUUAGGUUCUAUUGUAGGCGGUGGUUUGGACGGUAGCAGUUGCAACUCUCGUCUGUUUUUCAUCUGAGACAAACAUCUCAGUUAUGGUGUAUAGUCGUUUUUUACUGAAUCUAAGUGAAUUGUUUGAUCCCCAGCUAGGACAGAUCUUAGUGCCAACGCUGGGCAGGCAGGCCAACACAACCGUCAGUAAAUCCCCCAUUGAAGCAGCAGCUGGCACAACCGUCAGUAAAUCCUACAAAAGGAGAAGGUUGCUUCAAAUCAUUAUGGUUAUUCUAUUAUUAUAUUUGGUGAACUCAUGGAAUUCCAUGGAACUGAUUGAAUGGAAGGAGCUUUUGUUGUUCAUACAAGUCACGUUUCUGAUUUUUUGGAUGAAUUGGGUGUGUGAAAUUGCAUGGAACUGAUCAAAUGAACAUGGAAUUUCUAUUGGG